UCGCUCCGCGCCGCGCGCCACCGCGCACCACCGCCGCCGCAGCCGACACCACGACCUCGCAACAACACCACCACCACAACACUACUACACUAUAUUCCGCUAACCUCUCUCACUUCAACUACACUAUUAUAGAGACAGUGAACUUGUCCUGUGUGACAGAACGGAACUGAAUCUUUGUUGUGGCAUGUGAGAAGUGCUGAUGUCAGGUUGCAGAUCUUCAGGCAGCUGCUCCGACGGUCGACUUCAAGCGACAAACAUCAAAGAAUAAGAAAAGAAGCAAAAACAAUGAUGUUGGACUGGUUUUAUAACACUUGAGGCUGUAAAAGGGAUGUUUCUUGAAGAUGGAUGUGCGAAGACGUAGAAGAGCCGAGUGCGGGCCGUGCUAGAGAGACUGUGGCCGCAUGGAGUCGCGAGCGCUGAUGAGUCACACACUGCCCUCCAAACACACGCGCCCUGAGGCCGCCUACAGGAGCUGCUCGCAGUCCUUGCCUCUCGAUAUUCUAUGGUUGCCGCGGUCGUCGUUCCGGCCGGCGGAGGGCGAGCUGGCGGACUGUGUGCUGGUGGUGGGCGUGUCGCGGCCCAAGCUCGCCGCGGCGCUGCUCUCCGUCACGCUGCUCUCGCUGUUCCUCACCUUCCACGUGCUCUACGACAGCGCGCUCUACAGCAUACAGGCGGCCAGCAUGGCAUCGGCAGCGAGUGAAAGCCGCAAGAUCCUGCAAAGUCAAGAGGGCAGUGGACGUACGAUCAACCAUCCCAUGGCACUGAGGAAGAGGGUUCGGCCACCGCGGCCGAUGCGUAGGCUGCCUCAGGCUCUAAUCAUCGGCGUGCGCAAAUGCGGCACGCGGGCUCUUCUCGAGAUGCUUUACCUCCACCCAAUGGUACAGAAGGCUUCGGGAGAAGUUCACUUCUUCGACCGCGACGAGAAUUACGCACUGGGGCUCGAAUGGUACCGCAGCAAGAUGCCACUCUCGUUUAAAGGACAAAUCACGAUUGAAAAGAGCCCGAGCUACUUCGUUACUCCUGAGGUACCGGAAAGAGUGCGCGCAAUGAAUGCAUCAGUACGUUUGCUACUGAUAGUCCGCGAGCCGGUGACGCGUGCGAUCUCCGACUACACGCAACUGCGCAGCCGCGCGACGCCCUCUGCGCCUGCGCCACCCGGCCAUCCCGUGCCCGACGCUGUCAAACCAUUCGAACAUCUAGCCAUAGCACCGGAUGGAUCUAUCAACAUCGCUUAUAGACCGAUCGCCAUAUCGCUGUAUCACGCGUACCUGCACCGGUGGCUGGAGGUGUUCCCUCGGGAGCAGAUCCUUGUGGUAAACGGAGACCAGCUUAUUGAAGACCCCGUGCCUCAGCUGCGACGCAUCGAGAAGUUUCUCGGCUUGGAACACAAGAUCGGAAGAAGAAACUUCUACUUUAACGAAACGAAGGGUUUCUACUGCUUGCGGAACGACACGACAGACAAAUGUUUGCGCGAGACGAAAGGUCGUAAGCACCCCAGAGUGGACCCCGCAGUCGUCACCAAACUACGCAAAUUCUUUAUCCAACACAAUCAAAGGUUCUAUGAACUUGUUGGAGAGGACCUAGGAUGGCCGGAAGACUAGGAAAUUAAAAAAUCUCUAGUAAAUAUCUAGGGUCCCAAAAUGUUGGGAUUGUUCAAAGCAUCAAACAUCUGGAAAGAUGCACCGUAUCGUUGUGAUGAAAUACAUAUCAAAGUACUUUAUACAUAUCAAAAUGAAACAUUACAUAUCACUAGGCUAGUAAGUUUUUUAAAGAUCGUUUAUUUAUACAUCUAGGGUACCUUAGGAUAAGACGUGAAAAUAUAUUUUAUUUAUUGAUACAUUAAUUAAAAGGUGGAUUGUGUGACCUUUCAUUUAUGUAAGAUGAAUAUCGUAACAUUUGUUAACUUUAUGUACUUACCGGUAAGUAUUUUACUAUUUUGUACAACAUCAAUAUUGUUUACAUGAAUUGGCAGAGUAAGGAAGGGAACAAACCUUAAAAACUAAGAAAAAUAAAUCAAUAUUUUAUUUAUUGCCUAUUUAUUCCGAAUCUGUUGUAAAACUUCAUUUAUUUAUUGUUAUUAGUAUAAUAUUAUGAAUUUAUCCACUGAAAAUAAUUCGUACUGAUUUAAUAGACCGACCCACUGAAACCCUGAGCAAUAUAUUUUUAUAUAUAAUUAAGUAC